AUGACACUAAGCAUACCCAACUCAGAAACAAACGCCUUUCACGAAGAAGUAGCAGCACCAAACCUGGAGAACCUUUUUCCCUAUUGUGAUGAAAGCUUCUACCUUUCAAAUCCAAUUUUUGAUAACUAUAUUGACCCCAGUGGUGGCUUUCUUUACCCUUCGGAGGUUUACCCUUCUUGUGAUCCUUUCGUUCCAUUCACCUAUCAUAACAUUUUUCCAACUCAUGAGAAUCACAAUCUUCUCUCAUGUCCAAAACGCCAAAAAUGCUGCUAUAAUGAACAACUACUGCAAUAUUCACCGCAGCAAGAGCUUACAACACCAACAGUACCAUCCAAUUUCUUAGAGGGGUUUAUUGUGCCUUAUGAUAAUACUUGCUCCUUGCAAGGAGAGGAAGUGCAACCAAAAAUUUUCUAUGAGAUUCCACAACUUGAUACUUAUGUAGAUUUUGGGGGUCAGAAGAAAUGUGAGAAUAAAAUUAACGAGAGAAUCAUAUCUUCUCAGAGCAUAGCAGCAAGAGAAAGGAGAAAAAAGAUCGGUGAGAAGACUCGAGAGCUUGGGAAAUUGGUUCCUGGUGGACCAAAGAUGAACACAGCCGAGAUGCUUCACACAGCUGCAAAGUAUGUUAAGUAG